AUGGUCGCCAAAGCCAACAUGGAUGACUCAAAGUCUCUUACAAAAGCACUCUUGAAAGGCGACACCACCAAUGUCGACAGCACCCUUGACAAUCUGUUCAAGAGCAGUGCUGGUCCCACCAAACAAGCAACAGCACCUCCUCCAGCAGCAGCAGCAGCACUCAUAGCGAAGAAGGAUAUCAGCAAAUUGAGCAAGCGAAAGCAAAAGCAGGCCUUGGCCGAAAGAGCAGAGCAAGCAGCGAUCAAAGCAAGAGCAUUGUCGUCUUUACCCCCUUUGAAGAGAAAGAGAAAGGCUGAUGUGCUCGAGACUUCUGAUGAAAAGCCUGAAGAGGAAGAAGAAAAGAAGGCUGAUAGCAAUGCACAAGAACGCAAGGUGGUGGAUGAAAAGGAAAAGAACGAGCGAACCAUUUUUAUCGGCAAUGUCCCUGUGGCAUGCUGUGAGGAGAAGUCCAAGUCAAGAGCUCUCAAACGUGCGUUUGCAACUUAUGGUGCUAUUGAAUCCAUGCGUUUUCGUUCUACAGCAUUCUCUGAGACUUUGCCUCGGAAAGCAGCAUUCAUCGCCAAAAAGUUCCACGACAAUCGCUCCGUCACCAAUGCAUAUAUCGUUUACAAGACCAAGGAAUCAGCAGACAAGGCUUUGGCUAUGAAUGGACAAGUGUUUAUGGAGAAGCAUCUUCGUGUUGAUAAUGCAGCCAAUCCAAAGCCACAUGAUAGAAAGAGAUCCGUCUUUGUUGGUUCAUUACCAUUUGAUGCCGAAGAGGAAGAAUUAUGGAAGUUCUUUGCUGAUUGUGGUGCGAUUGACAAUGUCCGCUUGAUCCGUGAUAAAAAGACCAAUAUCGGCAAGGGAAUUGGCUAUGUACAAUUUACUCGUAGAGCAGCAGUCGACCUCGCAUUGGCAUUGGACGACAAGCCUCUUCGCGACAACCACACUUUGCGUAUUCAACGAUGCAAGGACCAGAUUCCUAAGCCUACUACUGCAGCCGCUGCUACUGCUGAAGCCGCUGGAAAGAGAUUAAGGAAAAAGGAAGGAGCAAAGGCAAUGAAUGCUACAAAGGGAUCAAAAGCACCCGGUGAUAAGAAAUCACGACAUCGCAAGGCGCUUAAUGUCUUUGAAGGAGCUCGGGCAUCAAAAUCAACCGGUAACAAGUUCAAGAUUGGAAAGACGUCAUCGAACAAGAAGCAGAAGCGACAUUAG